UCCCAGUAACCUCCCACCGAUUCCCUCUGCGUUGCAUGCUGCCACUCGCUGAAGAGAGCCGGCGUUCCACCGAUGUUCGGGCUUGGUUCUUGGUGGGGAUAGGCUUCCGGUGACAAAGCAAUCCGCUCACAACCUGCACUUACAGGUCCAUUUGAUUAUGGCUUCAGGAGAGUUGAAUCUGGAUUUUUCAGCACAGCAUAUUAGUACAGAUGCUCAUUGCAAUGGGAAAGGCAAGAUACUGGAAGAUCAAGCAAUAGAUAGUGAUGUACAGAUCACAUGUUUUACAGAGGAUUUGCAUGAUGUCACACUUCACUUUCAGAUCAUAAAGCUCGCAAAGCAGAUCUAUGUGUGGAUUGGGUGCAACACUGCAAGAUUUGGGCAUCUAUAUGCUGCUGCAGCCACUCGACCGAACAAUGCAGUGAGUGUUACUUCUUUGAUUGGAGGCAGUUCUGACAACGCUGGUUCCAGCAUUGCUCGUCGUUUAGGACUGAAGACUGGUCUUAGUAUAGUUCUGGCAUGCAACAUUCCGAAAGAUAGCCCCAUGGUUGAGGCAACUGCAGAGAGGAAACUGGUGGAGAAGCUGAGGAAUCUAGGUUACAUAAAGGCUACACCUGAAGGAAUGCGUGUUACAUUGGCCGAAUCUUGAUAAAUAAAGUUUAUGAAAUGGAAAAAAAUAUUACCAUGUUUUUUCCUGUUUGAUGAAACUUCAGAAAUACUAGGAAGAUAUGCUGUAAUAGAUUGAAAUUGAGCGUCUUGAUUGCACAACAUAGCUGAGAAUUUUGUACAUUUGGCUGCUGAUCUUUGAAGGCUGAGCUGAUAACAUUCAUCGGCAAUCUCGCCAUCACAACCUGCUUGUAGUGAUAUGAAAGGAAGGAACUUGAUUGCUAGAAUGGA